AUGACCCUAAUUGGCAGUGGUCUCAGUAUUCUAAUGUUCCACAGUUUUGUGUGGGUGAUAUUAUUUACUGUAGCCUAUGCUACAUUAACUGAUGUCUAUUGCUUGAGAACUAUGAAGGAGUCUCUUGAAGACCCUCUUAACUACUUGGUUCCCUGGAAUUUCAGCAACAGUAUAGAAGGUUUCAUUUGCAAUUUCACUGGUGUUGAAUGCUGGCACCCUGACGAAAAUAGAGUCCUAAAUAUCCGCCUAUCCAAUAUGGGUCUCAAGGGUCAAUUCCCUCGUGGUAUCGAGAAUUGCACAACCCUAACCGGCUUAGACCUUUCCGGCAACCACCUCUAUGGAUCUAUCCCUUCCAAUAUAUCCCGUAUGCUUUCCUUCGUGACAUCCCUUGACCUCUCCUCUAAUAAUUUUUCUGGUGUUAUUCCUCCGAGCCUAGCGAAUUGUAGCUAUUUGAAUGUCCUUAAGCUCGAUCACAACCGGCUAACUGGUAACAUCCCAUUACAACUCGGCCUGCUCGUCAGGAUCAAAACGUUUAACAUUUCGAACAAUCUUUUGUCAGGUCAGGUCCCUAUUUUUUAUAAUGCAACCUAUUUUUCAAGUGAGUGCUAUGCAAAUAAUUCAGGACUCUGCGGGGUGCCUCCAAAUGCUUGCCAGGGUCCCCACCAGGGCCACCAUCCUCCAGAUGUCAGAAUCAUUGCAGGGGCGGCAGUUGGCGCGGUGACUAUUGCAGCCUUUGUUGCGGUGACUAUUGCCGCCUUUGUUAUGGCUGCAAAGGGGAAGACGAGGACCUUCAAAUUUAACAAGGAACCAAAGGCAUCAACACUAGUUUAUUCUGCAAAGGAGGGAGAUUGA